UUUUUUGUUAGCGUUUGCAUUAUCGUCAGGCGCAGUUAAGGCCGGUGGCCAUUUCGAGUUUUUACUAGUAAAUUAUUGUACUUAGCUGUUAGUUUCUCAAUAAGCUACUAAGUGCCAAACCUACAGCAGCAUAAACAGAGGAGAAAAGGAGGCUAAUGAUCUUCAUACAGAGCGGCUAGCUGCAAAUGCUACACGUUAAAAGCUAACUUGCUAGCACUCUCUUCUGAGCUCAUUCCCUGUCACAGAAGAAAAGAAAACAUGACUCUGAGGAAUAUGUGUGUGGACCAAAGUUCCAGCGUAGUAAAAUACCCACUGAUUCUGUGGUUGUGGCGAAACUAACGGGCCGAGCGGAAUGCUGUGACCUGCUUAUUGACCACUUCAAUACCAUGACAGACAAGACAACAGGCAGGCCUCGCUUCUCCCGUCCGCCGUGUCCAUGAUGAGUUACUACAUGGAUCCAGUUUCCUCCUACCAAGCCCUUCACCUCUGUGACCAUGUGGCCGCAAUGAGGCAGAACGGAGGCGUGGCAGUGGGCCCUCAGGCUCAGCUCCCAGGUGUGGUUCAUCCCCAGCAGCAGUAUUACCCGUCACAGCCCCUCUACCCCGAGGACGUUCCCCUGCAGGAGGUGCCCAGCGGACACGACAUGAGCGCCACAGAUCCGGAGUGUGGGGAUGUCCCCCUGCUGACUCCAGGGAGUAAAGAGAUGAUGUCCCAGGCUCUGAAGGCUACAUUCAGUGGGUUCACAAAAGAGCAGCAGCGGCUGGGUAUUCCCAAAGAUCCCAGACAGUGGACGGAAAACCACGUGGCUGAGUGGCUAACGUGGACAGUGAACGAGUUCAGUCUGAAGAAUGUGGACUUUGACAAGUUCUGUAUGAACGGAGCCAGUCUGUGUGCGAUGGGGAAGGACAGAUUCUUGGACCUGGCGCCUGACUUUGUGGGUGACAUCCUCUGGGAACAUUUAGAAAUGCUUCAGAAAGAAGAUACAAAACAUUACCCCAUCAAUGGACUGACCUCCAACUUCCAGGAGUCCCGUUAUACCUCAGACUACUUUGUCAGCUACGGCGUUGAGCACGCUCAGUGCGUCCCUCCUUCCGAAUACUCCGAGCCCGGCUUCAUCACGGAGUCCUAUCAAACGCUCCAUCCCAUCAGCUCCGAGGAACUGCUGACUCUCAAGUACGAGAGCGAGUACCCCGCCGUCAUCCUGCGGGACACGCCUCUCAACCCGCUGCAGGGCGACUACUUCUCCGUCAAGCAGGAGGUGGUAUCUCCAGACAACAUGUGCGUGGGACGCCUGAGCCGAGGUAAGCUCGGUGGCCAGGACUCUUUCGAGAGCAUCGAGAGCUUUGAGAGCUGCGACCGGCUGACCCAGUCGUGGAGCAGCCAGUCUUCGUUCAGCAGUCUGCAGCGGGUGCCUUCGUACGACAGCUUCGAUUCGGAGGACUACCCCGCUGCCCUGCACGGCCACAAGCCCAAGGGCACCUUCAAAGACUAUGUGAGGGAGCGCUCAGACCUCAGCAAAGACAAGCCUGUCAUCCCAGCGGCGGCCCUGGCAGGGUACACAGGCAGCGGACCCAUCCAGCUGUGGCAGUUUCUACUAGAGCUGCUCACCGACAAGUCCUGCCAGUCCUUCAUCAGCUGGACGGGCGACGGCUGGGAGUUCAAACUCUCCGACCCCGAUGAGGUCGCCCGGCGGUGGGGCAAAAGGAAAAACAAGCCCAAGAUGAACUAUGAGAAGCUGAGCCGUGGCCUGCGCUACUACUACGACAAGAACAUCAUUCACAAGACGUCGGGAAAACGCUACGUCUACCGCUUUGUGUGUGACUUAAAAAGCCUGCUGGGCUACACCCCCGAGGAGCUGCACGCCAUGUUGGACGUGAAGCCCGACACGGACGAGUGAACGCCGAGAAGGAAGCGGAAAAAAACACAAGGAAGUGAACGCAAAAGUAAAGGAGCCAAAUGGACUGGGGCUCGUAAAAGUAGUCUUAACUGUUUGAUAGUCAGUAAACCAUUUUUUUGGGGACCAAAAUUGUUUCUGAUGACUAACUCUGGUCUUUGUCAACUUUGAGCUCCUGUUUCUCAGACCAUGUUUGCAAGCCAAACGCCUGUAUUCGUACCCUGUUGCAUUUGAAAUGUGUGUAUGCGCGCGUGUGUGUGUGAUUGCGUGUGUGUGUGGUUAUAUAUACCGUUACUAUCUAGCAGCUCAAGGCAGACGGAGUUCAACCGGGGGGAGUUCGGGUUAGAUUCUGCCCAAAGUAGCACAGUGGGGACAACCGGGAGAGAGAGCGGGGAUUUAAAGUGAUUCAUGUCGUCGGUGGCGUAAACGCGGAGCAGAGGCGGAAGCUCUCUGCCGUCACAAAGGUUGCCAAAGUGUAAGACUGAACCGAGGGACGUCGACCGUCAUACUUACGUACAACAUUCUCCACGAGGAGAGAUUUUCAGCUUGGACCAAAAAAAAAAAAAAAAAAGUGUUGUUUUUUAAUUUGUUGGAGGAGCUCAUGCCAGUGUUGUAUCAUUGAUGCUGAGAGCAGCGCGCACCUCCCGAGGCUUAGACUGAAGGUUAGUUUGAACUGCUCUGUCCUGUCGGUCGGAGGCUUUAACUGAAAUGUACUGAUUCGUUAUCAGACAACACUAGAGACACUGGCCCCGUGCUUCGUGAGGUGUGAGGAGCUGGUGCGAUUACUCAUAGCGGGAGCGUCUGACAGACAACUGAAAGUAGCCGUUGCUUUUGAAACUGCCGCUUUCUCCUUUUUACGUACAUGCUCGCCAAGUUGUUAGAGACACAUAUUGUGACUGAAACCUAUGCAUUUUUGCAUAUGGAGUACCACCAGUAUUAGCAAAUUGUAGACAAUCGUAUGUGGGGAAAUUCAGGAGAUUGUUAUAAGCAGACCUAUUUAAUGUGCAGAUUAGAUGCAUAAAUUGUCAGUUCACUGUCUAGUGUUGUUUAGAAGUAUUGGAAUCGUCUUCUAUGUGUCUCUCUGUACAGUAAAAUCACAAUUUAAGUAGUUGAGGGGAUGAUUUUACAAAAUCCUAAGAAUGUCAGAGUGUUGGUCUUUUGUCAUGCAGUACAUUUUUAGCCUCGGAGAGUUGGUCGCAGCAUAGUGUGAAGGUACAGUGUAGGAAAAAGGAGCAGGCAAUAAUAGAUGUGGUGACUGGGACAAUGGGAGGUUGUGUGGCUCUGAGAGGAAUCGGCGGAUGACUUGUGAGGUCUGAUCGUGUGACGCAGGUUGACACUGCUGGGAAGUUUGCAUUGCAUGGGUUCUGUUCACUGUUGCUGUUGCCAUUGAGAUUGGUCGCAGCUGUGAGCUGGAAAUGAAUUAUAAUACAGAUAUAUGUAGGAGUAGUGGCAGAAAUGUAUUCAAUUAGCAGGUUUGUGUGUUGCUCAUCUAUGAACAGAAUAAUAUUAAUUUCAUAGUAAGUAACUCGCAUAUGAUUCCUACCGUAUUUAUGCAGUUUGCUCCAAGUAUAUUCAUAGAGAUUCACUGGUUGCAGAUGAGCAAACUAGCAGCGGUUUCCCAACAGUGGGAACGGUGGCUGUGUACUGGCCUUAUGGGAAAUGCCAAAGUCAAAUAUCAUCUUAGAAUACAAUGUUAUUGUUUACAGUGGCUGAAUGUUACCCAUAUGGAUGAAAAUAGCUUUUGAGAUGUCUAUUUGUACAGAUUGUAUUUCAUAACGCUUUAUUGAGACCCAGAUUACACAAAUAAGCAGGAGACAAAGCAGGAAUAAUAACCAAAACCCCUGUGAGGUCUUUGGCCACGGUGCGUCGGGUAUCGUCCACGGCGGUGGAAGACGGGGACCAGAAACGUGUAAAGGGUGGACUUUUCUUUUAUCCAGUGUUCAUAUGUUGGAAAGCACACAACUUCAGGACCAAGACGGAGAAGCGUCCGUGAUGUUUAAUUGGCUCCAAAGCCUGACCUCCACAUCUUCAGCCACGCUCGUCAUCCCAAAGUCUAGAACAAGUUAGUAAAUAGGCUGCACUGUCCAGCUCUUUGCUGCAUCCUGAAGUCAAGGUUAUAAGACACUGUUUUGUUGUGUUCAGGUUGUUCUUUGUCCGUGUGUUUCGUUAAAGAGCCUUACAAUUUUUAAACCUAUUUUAAUAAUCGCUCGAUGCCGUGAAAUAAAUGUUUCCCCUUUUUCUUUUUUUCUUUCAACUCAAAUUCAGAACAUCAAUGUGAUCGACUUUGUGCUUAGGGAAAACGUUCUGUUACUUUUGUUUUGAGGUUGAUGUUGUCAGGAAAGUGUCCUGUAAGAAUACUGCAGGUUUUAUGUACUGGUGUACUUUAGGCAGGCAGGUGUAACACCAGUAGUUUGUGGCUCCUGCAUAUCUCAGAGUGGACAAGAAGGAAAAACCUGUUUCUGUUGUUGUUUUUUGUAUAUUUUAUAGUGUCUCUGUAUUUUUAUUAUGAGAUCAUUUUUUUUAUUGUAUUACGUUCACAAACAUUUGAAUAUUUUUCAAUAAUUUAUAUUUUGUAAAAGACAAGAGACGCAGACAGCUGGUGCUUUCAUGGGAAUCUAAAGGUAGCGCAGAACAAAAUAAUGUAGCGGAUAUUUUGUUUUUUGUUUUGUUUUGUUUUUUUAUAUAUAGAGAGUAGACCUGUCUGCUAGAGGAAAAAAGGCUGAUGCUGGCCCAUCAAUGAUUUCUGCUGGAAAGGUUUUAUAAACUGUAGCUUCUAUUUCUAAAGUGUACUUAAUGUACUUCAAAAUGUUAUAAAAUAUAUGUGAACAAAGA